AUGAUCACCCUGGAGGACCACGCCAAGGUCUGUCGCGACAUCUUGCUGCGCGGCAUCACGCGGCCCGAUCGACCGGAGUCGCCCGUGAAAAUGUCGUCGCUCUCGCCAACGCCGGUGCAGAAGUUCUUGCAGCGGACGGGGGAGCUGCCCAGCGGUGCGGGCGUCCAGUUUCCGCCCCGCAUGGCCGAGCCGAAAGCGAAGGCGGCGGCGAAGGUCGCGGCCAAGGCGGCUCCGGAGCAGAAGCGCAGUUGGCUGCGGAUCGCCCAGCAGGUCUGGACGUCCUCCGCGCGCGUCGCGCCCACCACCACCAGCGCCAGCGCCUCGCCGCCGCGCACGGCGGCCGGGGCGGUGGCCGUGGCGGCGACGCUGAAUCAGAUCAUGGCACAAGCGGCGAAUGAGCAGAUCCAACAGCAGCUUGACGCCCUUCUGAACAUUGGAAGUGGCGAACAGAAGCUGGAAACCAACUCUGGCCAAGAAGGCAAGAUCAUCUACGCCAUCAUCGAGAUGAGCAAGAUCUUGUGCCGGCUUUGUCGGCCUAUCCUCAGCAAAAAUGGAUAUGGUGAUGGAGGCUUAAGGUCCUUCUCCCUCUUCUUUGGUGCCAUCGAAGAGGCCACGAUCCUGGAGGAUGUGAGCCGGCUUUUAGGCUCGUUGCAGUACGUCCUCUGGAUGGGUCCGGAGGGACGUCCCCCGCGGCGCGCCCAGCUGCGCGCCGUCGCGUCCUCGCUGCAGCUGGCCUUCGCGCACCACGCCGCGCUGCCGCCGCUGGAGCGGUAUGCACGGAGCCAUGCGCGCACGGUAGCCUUAGUGGAGAUGUUGCUGAGGGAGUAUGCCCGAGGCGUGCGCCCCGUUUGGGCCACGCCGGAGGCCCAGCGCGCGCGAGCGCUGCUGGUUUGGGUUUGGGGUGCCCAGCGGCAGCUGGAGGGCGCCUUAGCAGAGUCGGGCUAUUAUGAGGAGGCCGCCGCCUUCUUGAGUGGCUCCGAGGAGCGUCUUCACCUCUGUCUGCUGGGCGACUUCACCGACCCCUGGGCUCCCUCGCUCCGACGGCGCGUGCGCGUCACCACCGGCAGCAUCGCCAGCGCGUCGAACGCGUCGAGCACGGCGAGCGCGGUGGAUUUGGUCUUCUGUCCACACGGGCGGGCGGAGGAGGUGGCGAAGGCGCUGCAGGUGGCUUCCGAACGGAGCUGCGUGCUGGCGGUAAGCAGCUGUUCGGAAGAGGAGGCAGAAGACAUGCUGAGAAGGCUGGAAAAGUGCGGCUGCAAGGCCAUUUUGCGCAAAGUUCGCAACCUCUUCUCCAGCAUGGCCGCUGGCUCGGCGGCCAAAUACGACGCUCACGGCUGGAUCAGCGCCGUGGAAGUGCCCGCGGGCGCCACGCUGGAAACGCUGGAGGAGCCCAAGGCGGAGCUUCAGAGUGCGAAGGACGAGGCCAAAGCUGCCAAACGCAGUCCUGCUGUCUUCUGGGGCAUUCUUGACUUGAAGUACGACCCGUCGCUGCCGAUGGAGCGAAGGGUGAAGGUCUUGGAAACGGGCGAUGGACGGUCCUCGAAGUUCAGUGGCUAUGGGGCGGCCAUCAAGGAGAACUUCAAGGCGGACAAGAAGCUGGAGGAGACCCUUCAUCGCGCUGUGCUGGUGGAGAACAAGAAGUUGACUCAUGACUUCUUCGUCGAAAGUGGCUACCAGCAUUUGAUGCCCAAACAGCUCUGCUUCCGACGGAUCUACCAGGACUUUCUGGCCUUGGACAUCAUCCAAGGCUUGGGUUUGUCCACCUCAGGCUCGCCCUCUGCCUGUGUCUUGAAGCUCUGCAACCGGGCCAGGGGCGCUGGCUGCAUCCCGAUCUCCGCGGAUGAUUUGGACGUGGCGCUCGAGAGGCUCUUGACCUUGCCCGACAACACCGAAGAGUGGCUCGAGGAGCAGGAUGAGAACUUCCCCAAAGACUGCGAGUGGGGUUGCUUCGAGGAGCAAGUCCGGCACUGGUGGUCCAACGAGUGUCCCGUCUUCGUCUGUGAGGAGCUUUGCCACUCUGCGCCCGUGUGGCAGGAGGGCAAAGGCUACGACGCCACCAUGCGCGUGGGUUUUUUCCUUACACCGAGUGGAAGAGCCUGA